AAAGAACAAACAGUUAAAGGUUGAUGUUGCAGGGUCAUUUGAAUGUGGAUGAUUGCCUGCUUUCGUUUGGAGAAAGUUUAUCAGGCUGGUCAAAGAGAGCUGCGAUGAUUUUGUAGUGGAAGUAUAUACACACCUAGUUUCGUCAUAUUUUUGAUUUCAUCAGUACGAACGACACCGUAAAUUUUGUCGAACCAGCAUAUACAAAGACUUCUGUCGUCUGCAACUGAUUGUUAGGGAAUUAUCUUCUUUAAAGAUGAUGACCUUGUUGGUUUUUUUGUUAGUUGUAUAUGCUAUUAUUUUCGCAAUUAAAUGGUUUAUCCGUCAUCGAAAACACGUUAUGCACCGUGAUUUGAUGGAGAAAUAUGGUGUUCCAGCCAAUCACAAGAUUGUUGGGUUCUUUCAUCCUUAUUGUAAUUGUGGGGGUGGGGGUGAACGUGUUCUAUGGACUGCAAUUAAGUGUAUGUUAGAAAAAUAUAAAAACAUAGUAAUUGUUAUUUAUACCAAUGAUGCAGAGUGCCUUUCAAAUCCUGAUAAAGUCCUCAGUAACAUCCGAAGAAUAUUUGGAAUAUAUUUCAACAAACCUUCCAAUUCUGCUAUACAUUUUGUACCGCUGAAAUCAGAGAUAUUACUAACUCCGAAGCUAUAUCGUUUAUUCACACUAGCUGGUCAGGCUUUUGGUUCAGUUCUAGUUGGAUUGGAAGCUAUCUUUAGAUGCCCACCGGAUGUAUAUAUUGACACUACCGGAUUCGCUUUUACUAUACCUCUAGCCAAAUGGUUAUGUAAUUCACAGACAGCGGCUUACGUACAUUAUCCAACUAUAUCGUCUGUUAUGUUGCAACGUGUAUCGUCCUCACUGUUCUCAAAAAAUAAAAAUGAAAUAGUUUUAACUUAUAAUAAUCCUGAUUGGGUUAGAAAUAAUAAGAUCUUUUCCAGCAUAAAAUUCUUAUACUACAACCUUUUUAUCAAAGCUUAUAAAUUCUCUGGUUCAAGCAUAAAUGUCGAUGUUGCAAUGACGAAUUCAUCUUGGACUCAAAAGCAUAUUCAGUCAUUGUGGGGUGGAAAACCUGUUGUGCUCUAUCCUCCUUGUCCCGUCGAGGAUUUGGAAGGGAAAUUAGUCAGUGAUCAAAGACUUAAGUGGAUUUUAUCUGUCGGUCAGUUUAGACCGGAAAAAAAUCACGAGCUUCAGUUAGACGCUUUCCAUCACUUUCUUAGCCGUCACAAGUCAGCAAAAAGCGAUGAAAAACACCAGUUCAAGCUUCUUUUAAUAGGUGGCUGUCGGGAUGACAAGGAUUUUGCCCUUGUCUCAAAACUUAAAGACCAGGCUGCUACACUGGAACUUGGAGAUACUGUAGAAUUCCACAUUAAUUUACCCUAUCAGGAGUUAAAAAGCUAUUUUGGACGUUGUUCUGUUAAUUUGCACACUAUGGUAGAUGAACAUUUCGGAAUAAGUGUUGUGGAAGGCAUGGCAUCAGGUCUUAUUACAAUUGCUCACAGAUCCGGUGGUCCACUUACUGAUAUAAUUGGACCCUCAGAAACUAGUUCAUCUUCCAAUCAGUUAGAAAAUUCAGGUGUUGGAUUCCUUGCGUCUACAGUUGAUGAAUACGCAAAUAUUUUCGAAUUGGUAUUGCUGAAAAUGUCUGAAUCACAAAUCGAUGCCAUACGGAAAAAUGCCAUCCAGUGGGUACAUGAAAAAUUUUCUGAGGAUUGUUUCAACAGGGGUUGGAUCGAUCAAAUGAAUGUAUUCGGUUUGGAGUCAAUUUCAGCAUGAUAAGCGAAACCGAUAAUAAAGAGCUUAUUGUGAUAAUCUUCUGAAGAUUCUCUUAUGUAUCAAAUUGCCUAUGCUGUUUUACAAUAUUUAUUAUCGGUUCCAUUAUGAAUAUUCUUUAUUUGUAUUGUAUUUUUGAUUUAUACAAAAGAAAUUUAUGCGAGUUAAUUAUCUUAUGAUGGCUAGAAUUUCGUAUCAAUCGUUAUUUAUUCAGUUAAU